UGGAAAAGGGGAGAUAUCAAGUGACCCCAAAGAGGCGUUAAUGGACUAACUGGGAUCCAAGGAAAUCACCAAUCCCACAACAUGUACAACGGGAUCGGACUAAACACUCCCCGUGGCUCCGGGACCAACGGUCACGUGCAGCGUAAUUGGGCAUUCGUGAGGCCGGGAAAGAAGGAGAAGGAUUACCGCGCCGAGGACGACACAAAAAAACUGGACGCCCAGCUUAACCGGCCGCCCAACAAGGAAAUCCUCGACCACGAUCGCAAGCGCAAAAUCGAAGUCAAGUGCCUCGAGUAUGAGGAGCUUCUCGAGAAAGAAGGACGCACACCCGAGGAGAUCAAGUCGCUUGUGGACUCGUUCCGGCAGAAGUUGAUAGGCCAAGGCAAAACCGAUCUGGCCAAGGAUGAAUUCGGACGCGUAGCCAACACCACGAUAGCCACAUCCACAUCAAUGGCUACGGCAGCAGCUGGCUCCACAGUAGGUGCCUCGACAGUGGCCACCGCAACCACAACAACAACGACGGCAGCCACCACAGUUCAGGUGGUGAAAUUGAAGCAACGCCGCAAGCGACGCAAACGCGCAGGUCACGCAGUCACCCGCACCUCCAAACUAGCAGCCCAACCCACUGCCCCCUCGAAUCCUACAACCAACCCAACCAGUCCCCGUCCGCCCGCCGUCAAAGCCAAAGCCGGGAGCAGCGUGGGCAAGAAGUGCAAGGCCCCCUACUUCCAGCACGACAAUAGGAAGUGCCUGACAAAGUAUGAGAGCUUCCGGCUCACCGCCACCGCCCACACCCUCAACUAUGCGGCCGUGGCCAGGAAGUUUAAGCCCUUGCGGCCGGCGUUGGCAAGCGGCGCCAACAAGAACAGGCGACCAGCAGUUUCCAGGAGGAAUCCCAAAGACUGCGCAUGCGCUUGCCAGCAAAAUGACUCGGGGAUUCUGGACCCGGAACCGGCAUUGCCGAUGAUACAAGAGACCGGCCCGCCACGAACAGCUGAGCACUUAAUCCAGCGUGAACUGCCGGCGGCUGGGAGGGUGUUGCUUGAGCUUCUCAAGCACUCCUCCAGCAGCCUGCUGGAAACCCUGCUGAGCGCCCGUGACACACAUCAGAUAGCCGAGGCACAACAGCAGAAAAACGCCAAGCUGCGUGAGGCUUUCAACAUUUCCGAGUACUUUGUGGAGGGCACGAGCUUCGACGUCGACCGUAAGGCAAAGGAGGACCUGGCCAAAGGCGUGGCUAUCCAAAAGGCACUGGACGACCAGCGCGAAAGCCUGGCUGCGGCGGCGGCAGCCGCCCAAGCUGCGGGCAAGGACAAGGAGACGGGCAAGAGGUACGCCCUUGUGCGCACACCAUCACGCGACCGUGAGGGCAGCGAGGUGGCCAAGAACAGCGACGAUGAGCGCGAUCAUGGCUCCAAGUCCGAUAAGAAGAAGCGCAAGAAGCGCGCCAGAGAGAGUUCGGCCAGUCCUGACCGCAAAAAGGAGAAAAAGAAGAAAUCAAAGAAACAUAAGAAAGAGAGUAAGGCGAAGAAGAAAAAGUCUCGCAAGCGUCGGCACAGCGAUGGCGAUCGGGACAGCGACAAGGACACUGAGGACGAGGAUGCUGGCAGCAGUGACGAGGAUCGUCGGGCCAAAAAGAAGGCUAAAAAGGACAAGAGAAAGCGCGACAAGAAGUCCAGAAAGAAGUCACACGCCCGUGCCAGCUCCUUGGAUUCGGACCGCUCUAUAUCUCCGUCGCGGAAGGUGAAGAAAUCCGGAAAACACCGAGAAGAAAACAACUCAAAGGCCAGCGAUGCUGUCGCUCAGCAGGGCAAUCCCUUCCGCAGCCGUUCUCGGGAACGGCGAAAGGACAUUAAAUCCAGGCCCAUUGAAUCAUCGGUCGACAGUAGACGCCACAAGUCCCGAGACCGAUCAGCGGCUACUCCACCGCGCAAAGAGCCGGAAAGCGGUCGAGAACCCUCCAAAGACAGGCAUCGGUCCAAAGAAAGACAGCGCUCUAAGGAGCGGCAGAGAUCAAAGGACAGGCACAGAUCGAAGGAAAGACAAAGGUCUAAGGACAGGCAGCGCUCCAGAGAAAAACAUAGAUCCAAGGACAAGAAGCAAUCUGUUGAAAAAAGGAGGGAAAAGUCCAAGGAACGACGGCGAUCGAAGGAACGUGAACGAAGGCGCUCCGUAGAGAAGGAACCGGAGCGAAGGCGCUCUGUCGAAAAGGACAGUGGGCGAAGGCGCUCUAUAGAAAAGGACAGUGAGCGUAGAAGGUCUGUGGAGAAGGAACGAGACCGUAAAAGAAAUGUGGAGAAAGAACGUGACCGUAAGACAUCCGUAGAAAAGGAACGUCGUGAACGUAGGAAAUCUCCGCAAAGGGAACGUGAGCGGAAAAGAUCCGUAGAGAAGGAACGUGAACGGAAAAGAUCCGUAGAGAAAGAACGUGAACGAAAAAGAUCCGUAGAGAAGGAACGUGACCGGAAACGAUCCGUGGAGAAGGAACGUGACCGGAAAAGAUCCGUAGAGAAGGAACGUGACCGGAAACGAUCCGUGGAGAAGGAACGUGACCGAAAAAGAUCCGUAGAGAGGGAACGCGAUCGGAAAAGAUCCGUAGAGAAGGAACGCGACCGGAAAAGAUCUCCCGAGAAAGAACGCGAUCGGAAAAGAUCCCCCGAGAAGGAACGGGACCGGAAAAGAUCCCCCGAGAAGGAACGCGACCGGAAAAGAUCCCCCGAGAAAGAACGCGAAAAACCAAAAGCCCGUUCUCCCUCUAAAGAGCGACACCGCUCCAAGGAAAUAAAGAGAAGGCGCUCCAAGGACCGCCAAUCUUCCAAUGAGAGAAGACGCUCCAAGGAGAGGCAACUUUCCAAAGACCGCCAAGUCAAGGAUGCUCGGUCCACAAAAUCCUCCAAGGAUCGGAGUCCUACGAAGAAAACUGAACGCCGACAACGCUCGCGAUCCAAGGAAGCUAGCAGGAAGCGAGAUGAUGAGCCCAAGCGAUCUCGGUCGCAAGCUCAUUCCCCAGAGGUGCCGCCCAAGAAAGCCGCGGCGCCUCCAGCCUUUAAUCCAUUUAAGGCGGCCGAGGACACGGUGAAUGACAUCUUGGGCACCAAGUCGGUGAUGGUGGCCUUGGAGCAGACAAAGCGCCAAAGGGCAGAGUCCAGCUCCAGUUCGGACUCGGGCUCUGAUUCCAGUAGCGACUCCUCUGCCUCUAGGACGCCAUCUCCCAAACGCCCAUCACCCAAAAAACAACGAAAGAAGAGUCAUACACCCGAAACCAGGGAGAUCAAGAAGGAAGCCACUCCCAAGAGGUCAAGCGUGAAGAGGGAACGUUCCGGUUCUCCCUCGAAGUCCAAGCCAAAGAGCAAGGUUGGCACUCCGAGUCCCAAGCCAGCAAGGCGCCGCUCACGAUCGUCUUCCUCGGAGCUGCGCUACUCGCCGGCUGAAAGGCAUCCAGAGCGCUACCAAGAUAUCCUAGGCCACGACAAGAAAAAGUCCCGGGAUGGCCCGACAGUAAAACCAGCGCCCGUGGUCCGCCUGCGAGCGCAGAGUGACGACGGAAGCGAUAACGAAAAUGGUGGCGGGGUUGACGGGGUCGCUCUGGAAGAGUUCCAGCAGAGCCGGCGAGAUCGGGAGGAACUGCAGGAGCUCAAGAUGCUGGAGCAACUAAAGUCUGGCAUUGCGGCCAAGGCCAAGCAGAAGAUCAGGACAAUGGAAAAGGACCCCUCUGGGCGAUCCGAUGGCAACGAAGUAAGUGGCAGCGACCAGGUGACGGCUAACAAACGUAACUCGCUAAACGAAUUCCUUGUUGCUAACAACGUGACCGCUUUGAUUAACCCACCACCGACCAUAGCGGCUGCUCUGCCGCAGGAUGUGGCACCGCGCAAGGAGCAGCCAUUGCUGCCAAAUCCAGAACCUCGGCCACAUCCGGAACGGAAUCAUGUGUCUGUGGAGGAGUCGCCAAUGAAGAAAAGGGACGCCAGCACACCGCCCAUUUGCAAGACGCCCCUUGUGGCGGCGAAUGGCGAGGCCAAGAGUCCGACAGUUCAGGGUUUCAGUCAUAAGAUCCACCUGCACCACCACGGCGGCAGACCUCCUCCACAGCACCACCUGCACCACCAGCAGAUGCAGCCCGGCGGGAAGCGCAUCUUCCACAACCGGACGCUGAAUAAUAAUCCUAACAGUAGACAUAGUACUAACCCUCAUGCAUGUGGUGGUGGUAUCCCCCAUUCGAAUCCAAACAGCAAUACUAACAGCAGUGGCGGCGGUGCUGGUGGCGGCGAACGCAAUCCGGGAAUGCUGCCCUUUCUGGCGGGCACCCCGGGCACCUACAACCGCACCACCAACCGGCUCAACCACGGUCCCCUGCUAACCGCCACCCACUACAACAUCUGCAAGAAUCACCAGCACAGUCUCCAGCAGCAGCAGUUGCGCGGACUGGUCUACAAUCCAGCGCUGUUCGGGCACGGCGGGCCGCGCCAUCCAGGCUUACUAUCGCUGACCGGAGCAGGGGUAGCCGUGGGAGGGCCAGGUGCACCGCUGCUCGGACACCCACCGCGCGGUGGUCCCAUCAGCUUUAACGCGGCGGCUGCGGCAGCGGCUGUGGCCGCCAAUAGUAUUAGCUAUCACCAUCACUCACAUCAGCAUUCGCAUCAACAGAAACCGAAAAUCGUUAUUAAGCCCUUCAAAAUUCACGAUCCACAGCCCCUGGUAGCAGCACUGGCGGACAGCUCUCUGGUGGAUGCCAUCGUCUCCAAGGUGUCCACCGCCACUGUGGCGGCGGCCGAGAGUGCAGCACGGAGGAGCAGAAGUCGCGAGCGCCGAAGUCGGACACGCAGCCGGAGCCAUAGCCGCAGUAAACGGCACCACCAUCGCUCCUCCAGCCGCUCGAGAUCACGCUACAGCUCUUCCAGCAGUCGCAGUGGCUCGCGCAGCUCCCGCUCUCGCUCCGGCUCGCAUUCAUCGCGCUCCAGCUGCUCCUCGCACAGCAGCUCCGGUAGCUCCUCCUCCGGCAGUGGCUCGGCAUCAUCGCAGUCCGGUUCACGCUCACCCUCGAUACCGAGACGACGCGGCUCGCCCAGUUUUCUAGACAGAAGACGCAUAACGAGCGCACGGAAGCGACCCAUUCCGUAUCAUCACAAGGCGGGUGGGGAAGGCGUCGAGCUGGAGGAUGCCUCCAGCUGUUGCUCCAGCUGCUUCAGUCGCGCCAGCAGCCCGGCCACGCCCAUAUGCGCGCCCCUUCGAUCCAGCCGGAGCCCCUCGAUGGCAGCCUUCUGAGUGUUAACCGCGUCGCUGCGCAAAAUGUGCGGCGAGCCCUGAGAGUAAUCCUCCCUAAACUGGCCGUUAUCCCUACUCUAAGCCUAAGAUAGUUGUUAUGUCGCAUUGAAUUUGUUUACACAUUCCUCUAGUCCUAAGCCCGUCGCCGCCAACCCACAUUCCCAUGAAUUUACUAGCGAAAUUAUACUACAUCGUAUAUUCUAGUCACUAUACUCGUUUGUAGGCCUUUGAUCGAUUAUUUGCUAGUUUUAAGCUGCCUUUUAAAUUAAAUACAUCAUUUGUUGCAAUCUCUAA